AUGGGAAUACAAGGACUUCUUCCGUGCUUCAAGCACGUUACAAAGAAGGGUCAUAUUUCAGAAUAUAAAAACAAAAAAGUAGCUGUUGAUGCAUAUGUAUGGCUCCAUAGAGGAGCUUACAGUUGCAGUGCAGAACUUUGUCAAAACAAACCCACCGAUAAAUAUCUAACUUAUUGCAUGCACAUGGUUAACAUGCUGAAGCACCACAAAGUCAUACCUGUCCUUGUAUUUGACGGCGCUCGAUUGCCCUCGAAAGCAGAAACAGAGAGCGAGCGAAGAACGAAAAGAAAAGAAGCCCUCGAGCAAGCUCAAAUUCAUCUCCAAAAUCAUAGAUAUGAACAGGCGAAUGACUGUUUUCGAAAAGCUGUAGAUAUUAAGCCCUCAAUGGCGCAUCAAUUAAUGUUGCAAUUGAAAAAAAAUAAUAUAGAGUUUGUUGUGGCACCCUAUGAAGCAGAUGCCCAGCUAGCUCAUAUGGGACGUACUGGUUAUGUGGCUUGUGUUGUUACUGAAGAUUCUGAUUUGAUACCGUAUGGAGCUCCAAAAAUUUUCUACAAGAUGGAUAAAUAUGGUUACGGUAAAGAAUUGUGCCUUUGUGACAUUACGGUAACGCCACCAAGUAAGAGUGGAUUAGAUUUUACAAAAUUUUCACAUGACAUGCUUUUGAGGAUGUGUAUUUUGUCAGGAUGCGAUUAUUUGGAUUCACUACCAGGUGUAGGACCUAAAACUGCACACAAAAUAGUCAAGGACAAUCGAACAGUACCAAAAAUAAUUGAAUGUCUGAGGAGGAUGGGAAAAUUCAAGAAACAAGAACCUACAGAGGAGGAAGCACAAAACUCACCAUCAUUAUCACUGUCGGCAGGGACUUCAUCCAAUUCAACGUCGAGCCAGGAAUUAAGCAUCACAGAAGAAGAAUAUCGAGAACUCUUCAUACGAGCAGAAUUAACUUUCAGACAUCAACGAGUUUUUGACAUUCCCACUCAGAAACUUCAAUGUUUAACGGAGCCUCCAUCCUGUCUUUCGGAAGAAGAUAUUUUGUUUUGUGGUCCAGUCAAGGAUCCUGACAUUAUCAUUCAGAUCUGUAAUGGCUUAAUUGAUCCUAUGUCCCACAAACCUUUCAUGGUGGAUGGCUCAAAAACUACUCUUGCCCUUACUCCUCUCAAUACCAACAAAAUUCAAUCAUAUUUUUCGUCAACACCCAAAGCCCAACCUUCCAAUAAUACCAUGUCUAAAUUUGCAUCGACCCCUUUUAAACCUCCGCUUAAAGUGCUAUCUCAAGAAAUAUCAGCAGAAGCAACCUCUGCUACAACUCCAAUCCGAUUAAAUUCCGCCCCGUCCACUCCAAGCUCAGCAACCACAGUUAGAAAGAUAGUCACAAGCAAGUUCUUCACUCCUAAAGAGCCAACAAGUAACAACAACAGCCAACAAUCAUCAAGCUCUCAACCAUUAACAAGUGCAUCCAAUUCUUCUUCCUCAUCUUCUGAAGCAAAUGCUCGAAAAAAGUCACUGUUCUCAACACUCUUUUCAUCUCAAGAAUCCUCUCAAGAAGCACUUAAUUGUGGCAUUCUUGCUCCGAGUUCUUCCUCUGCAUUUUGCAAUAAUUAUGUCGACGAUCUCACAGCAGCCUUAUUGAGGAAUGAAAAGCUACAGAGACAACAUGUUCAAUCAAAAAGGAAUAUUAAUAAUGAAGAAUGUUCUGAAGACAAUGAAGAUGAAGAAGAACCUCCUUCUCCCACAAUUUUUAAAACACCUUCUCGUUCGUUGUCUUACGAUGCUGCCGAAGAAAAAGUGUACCUCCAAAAGAGGCACCAGGAACAAACGAACAGCUCAAAUUCAUCCAGUACGAAAAAGCUUCCUCUCAGUCAACCUCUUCCUACCUCUUCUUCAGAUUUAUCACUAAAAAAGAGAAAGAGUUCAUUUGUGGACAAAUUUAUAAGAAAAACUCCAAGCUCCUCACAAAAAUCAGAUCUUUCGCAAGGACUUUGCUCUUCUCAAUCAUCAAAUGCAUCAAGCUCAUCCUCAGAGCAACCUCAACAAACCUCUCAACCGCUUUCACAAUCCAUUCAACCUGUCACUUCGAUAAAAAACCUAUUUUUCUACGAGCUGAGUAGCGACGAUGACUUGGAGCCAGCUCAUAAGAAGGUGAAGCAACAGCAACUAGUGGUGACCAUUGUUGACUCCAGUGAAGAUGAAGAGUUGGUGGAGUUCGACCAGUCGGUGAGAACAAGCGCGUCCACGACAUCCACAGACUUUUCAGAGAAGAAUGUUUUUGAACUAUUCUUAUCCAAUGAUAAGGAUGAUUAA